AUGGAAGAAACACGAUUCCGCAUAGUUGUGUUGGGUCCUGGAAAAGUGGGAAAGACAUCAAUCAUUCGACGUUAUCUUCAUGGAACUUUCGAUGAAAAAUACAGAGAAACGGUUGAAGAUCUUUAUUCGAGAGAUUUCAAUAUACAGGGGAAAGAAAUAUCACUGGAAAUUCUGGAUACAAAUUUCGGCUAUCCUGGCAUGCGCAAAAUUGCAAUAGCAUCCGCCAGUGCAUUCAUGCUUGUAUUUUCUGUCAAUGAUGUGGCUAGUUUCAAGCAGAUGAGUGACAUAUGGUCACAAAUUGUGCAGCAACGAAAAGAUGCUCGAACUCUUCCAACUGUUGUUGUUGGGAACAAGUGCGAUUCAUCUCCUCAAAAAGUCUAUGAAGCAACAGUUCAAGCAUGGAUGCAACAUUUAAAUUUCAAUAUAAGUUAUGUCGAAUCCUCUGCAAAAAUGAACUAUAACACAGUGAAAAUAUUCCGAAAUUUUCUGGAUCAAAGUGGUUUAUUGGAUGAAGAAAAGUGGAUGAAGCAACAAAAAUUGAGAUCUCGUGAGAUUUCGCCAACAAAGAAGCUUAAUCGAAAUUGGUCAUUGCGGGUUAGCAAAGCUAAAGACAAUCCAAAAGGUCUCAAUCGGUCGGGCAGUCUUUUACGACGCUCCAAGCACCAGUCACUGAGAAUGAAAUACCACGAUAAAGAAGUACCAUUAGGUGAAAGUGAUUGUAAGAUAUCAUAG